CUGAGAUGAUCCGCUCGGAGCCCGUGCCCUGCUCUGUGACCGAGUCCAGCCCGCGUCCAGCCCGCGUCCUCAGGCAGGAUGGCUCGGGACAUGUCAGAUAAAGACAUCUUAAAGAUGGAGCUGGAUCAGCUGAAGCUGGAAGUGAACACUCCUCGGACUGCGGUCUCCACGACAGCUCCAGAGAUCAUAGCGUUCGUGGAGGGCCUGUCCGCCGAGGACCCGCUGGUCAAAGGCGUCCCAGAAGACAAGAACCCGUUCAAGGAGAAGGGUGGAUGUAUUAUUACGUAGCCGUGGCCCUGGAGGAACCAGGGCUCUGUUCAGCAACUCGUUUUGUAUAAAACAUCCAUAUUUGUACUAGAAACUAGUUUUGUAUGCUCUACAGAAGAAGCGCUCGUGUCGUUCAGUAGAUCCUGUGAGAUGAUGUUUUUAAAAUAAACUCACUAGCAAUUAAAUCAAAUGUCUUGCUGCUUGAACGAGGAGUUUGUUUUUAAAGGGACAGAGCGCUGAUUUAAACCAGCCGCUGGAGACGGAGAGAAGAUAAACGUGUAGCUCAGAACAAGUCAGUAAUGAAGAUUUCAUCCGAAGCCCCAGGA